AUGUACCAACCUACAGAUGUCGUACUGGCUAAAGUCAAGGGGUUUCCGGCAUGGCCUGCAAUGAUAAUCCCAGCAGAAUUAAUUCCAAGUAACGUUUUAAAAGGGAAACAAGAGGUAGAAGAGGACACUGACGAUGAGAGUAAAUACAUUCAAUAUUCCUCCAUUAUGAAAUUUAGAAAAUUCGAUAAAGUCAAAAAUCAAUACUGCGUUAAAUUCUUCUGGGAUGACUCUUACAUUUGGUUGAAGCCAAAUGAUAUGAAACCAUUGAGCGUGGAAGAUUGUGAAUCAUGGUUGAAAAGCGGUAAGAAGAAAAGUAAGAAACUAAUACAAGCUUUUGAAAUGGCAUCAAGAGGUUCUCAAGGCAUUGACGUUUGGGAAUUUGUCGAAUACGGGUCUGCUGGUAAACCCGACGAAGAAUACGUUGCGGAGGAAGAAGCACCAGAAGAAGAAGAGGAGGAAGAAGAAGACAUUGCACGAAGUGAUGUUAGUGAGGAUUAUGAAGAAGAAGAGGAAGAAAAGCCAACCAGAAAGUCUCAAAGACAAAAACAGAAGCGAGGGAAGGAAAAUGUAAGAGCUACUAGAUCUAGAUCCAAAACAGCGAAAUCGGAAGAACCACAGGAAUUACCGCCAGAAGAAGAACCUAAACCAAAGAAAAGAAAAUAUACCAGACGUGCAGUGGAACCAAAAUUCAAUUUUGAAGAUGACGAAGAUUUUUACUUUGUUGGAUUAGGACCUCAAGAUUUGUCCAUCCAAGAGGACGUGAGUCCACUAGUGAACAAACUUUCUAAUAAGAGGAAUCUAGAACGUCACACAGAGGUCAAAUUAGAUAUCAUGGACCAUUUACUAAGUGUAAACAGAUUGUUUUUAGAGGUGCUAGUACCCGAGACGAAAUCUACAAAGGACGAUUACCAAUUGAUCUUGGACGAAUUGGAAGCAGCGUUGGCAGCCAAAGGUUCUCAUCAUGAAUUUUUAACUGUUUUCCACACGAAUAACGAACUACUUUUGAACUUUAGAGUUUUGUUCAACCUCAAAAUUGAUGAAUUACGCAAAUUGAAAUUAUGGGAUUCUUUCCAAUCCGCUUUCAAUUCUAUCUACGAGCAUUAUUUUGAACCAGAUCAAGACGCUUGGACGACAAAUACAGAAAUACUACCGCCUGAAAAUAAUGAAAUAGAAGCAGAAGCAUGA